AUGCUGCAAUCAGUGAGGACAGGGAGCGAAGAGGCCCUCACUGUUGGCGAAUUCGAAAUCCCUCAAAUCAAAGGUCAACAAAGCCGUCUUCAUGACAGUUCCCAAAUCCAAUCACCGCUGCCAGCAAAAGCCUCCUCUGUGCACACCAUCCUUGGCUCCGAGUCGAACCUUCGUGACUGCGAGAACCCGCUUGGUGGAGCUCUUCGACUACCAGAACUUUUGAGAAAGCGCAACGUCAUGACCUGGUGUACUAAGCUCAUGCGGAGUGAUGCUGAUGGGGUGUGGCUUGAGGAUCGUCAGAUGAAAGCUCACUCGUCCACCGUUCCCAAGCCCAACUACGUUCAGAGCAAGCUCUACCUCAUUGCAUUUGGCACCGAUCAGCUCUCCAUUGCGCACCGGCCAGUGCUGGAAAGGUCAAUAUUGCUAUGCUUACAAUCCUGA